AAUGGUUGGCAUAGGCUAACCACACCUAUUCAUAUCGUUUUCAGUGUUGUCGUUGCUAUGGGAUGAAUGAUUAACGGCAAUGGAAUUCAGCUAUAGCCUAUGUAUUAUUGGUCCACCACAGUCACAUUUCGUCACGGCGAGUGAGUUGAAUGUCGUUCAGUGUCGGUGUUACUAAACACUCUGCACGCGUAAAGUAGCCUAUCGACACCACAUGGCGACUACUGCUCCCCCAAACUUUUCCUGGGUCGAGCCCAACAAACUGGCCGGCCUGGCUUAUCCGUGUGCCACGGGUCACUAUCAGUUUCUUCUCGACAGUGGGAUUCAACAUCUAGUUUGCUUGUGUGAAUCACUUCCACCCCAUCACGACAGUUGCCCUGGACUUCAAGUGCAUCAUAUUGGCAUCGUGGACUUCGCGCCGCCUAGUUUGGAACAGAUAAAGACGUUUCUGUCCAUUGUCGAAGGUGCAAACUCAAAGGAUCAGGGUGUGGGUGUCCAUUGUAUGCAUGGCCAUGGACGGACAGGGACCAUGUUGGCGUGCUACUUGGUGGAGAAGAGGAAAAUAUCUGGAGAUGAAGCUAUAGAGAUGAUCAGAAAAAUACGCCCAGGUUCCAUUGAAACCAGAGACCAGGAGAAAACUGUACGGGACUUUCAACAGCAUAUUCAGUAACUUUUCACAAGUGAUGACAGACUGAGGAGUAACGUUUAUGCCACUUCCAAUUGCCAUUAGAAUAGAUGCAUGUUAAGAUAGUGUCAAUGUACAAGCUUCUUAUGUCAGAGGGAGUAGAAAAAAAACAAACAGGUAAGAGGUGUAUUAACUUUAAUUUUAUUCAAAAUAGGGUACAGUUGGAAUACAGAGAAAUAGUCUCAGCUAAUCCUUAGAUAUCCACAUAUGGCCUCACAUAAUUAACCACAACUGUCUUGAAACAAGAGUCUAUUCCUAGGAUUUUCUUUUAGGAGUCUGCAGUCAUUGUUGGGUGGUUGGGGCUAAGCAGAUUGUAAUGGAAUCUGUAAGAACAGGUGUUUCACUCUGCGGUCUCUUCAUUUGUAAGAAUCAGGUCUACUGUGCCCUGAAAAAUAUCUGAUAAAAAAUAAAAACGUACAAAAAAAUAUACCUUUCACUAGUUUCUGCAAACGCAUCCAACAUUCAACGAACUAGACGGUCAGUCAGCAAAGGCAGAAGGGUGCCUGCUUCGAUCCAGCACUUUUACAAUGAAUCCAGAGUCCAUGGUACGUCAUUCCAGUAAUCUUUAUUGAGUCCCAGAUGAUCGCAAUAGUCUACCCUCCAUUACCCAGAUCAGUUAACCUUUGACUUUGCGGCAAUAUAUUCCUCUUUAACACUCUCUCUCCAAAGAAACAGGUCCCUUUGAAAUUGCCAUCACGGGUCAGAUAAAAAGAUACAUAUUAUUUAGGAAGACCAAAGCAACACAAUUUCCACAAACAACUCCCAUACACAAGAGAAAAUUACCUCAAUGUGAUUCACUUUUUAUUUUGAAAAUGGUAAGACAUUAUGUGUGUGCAACUUUAAACACAGAUCAUGUUUGUUUGAGUCAAAACUGGUUUAGUGUAAAGAUCCAUUGCUCACCAUGACGGAAUACUUAAAGCUUUGCUUACAUAACUGGCAAUAUAACAGUGUCAUUUAUUCCAAGGCUAAAUAUGUGAAAAAUAAUACUUUGUAUAAUUUUAUACAAAUUGUACAGACAAUUUCACUUUUUUUUGUAAAAUCUGUAUUUAUUUGAUUUACAAAAGCCUAACAUGAAACAACCAAUAAAAUGAAACCAAAUAAACCUGUAACCUAGAAUGAAAAA